AUGGAUAACGGCACUCAGCCAACCCAACAGGCGACUCAGGCAACCCAAAAGUUCCUAAUUGAGAAGUUUUCACAGGAGCAAAUAGACGAUGAUAUCGUGUACCGAGUGAUAUGCACGACGGGCCAAAUUCCGAUCCGAGAUCUUCGCGCCGAGCUGAAAGCUGUUUUGCGACGCAAUGAGCCUAUCAAGAAACAAUGGACGUUCGGAAGAAACGCACAUUGUGAUUAUCAUCUUGGAAACACGUCAAGGUUUUCCAAUAGACAUUUUCAAAUAAUGCUGGGGGAGGACGGGAAUCUGCUGCUACGCGACUUGUCGACCAACGGUACGUGGCUCAAUGGUGUACGAGUUGAGAAAAGUCACAACCAAAUUUUGUCGCAAGGUGAUGAGAUUACAGUGGGAAUGGGGGUUCCUCAAGAUGUACUGAGCUUAGUGGUUUUCAUCAAUGACAAAUUCAAGCAAAACUUGGCCACGGCAAAGCAACAAACGACGCGAGGCGGGCGAGAAAAGGGCACUAGCAUAUCACCCCGUUCCAGUAAAAACUAUGUGUCGGGCAUUCUCAAGGAUUACUCUUUAACAGACGAGAUAGUUGGCCAAGGAGCGUUUGCUGUAGUCAAAAAGGCGGUGGAACGCAAAACGGGCAAAACUUACGCUGUCAAAAUAAUAAACAAGCGGAAAGUGAUGGGGAACUUAGAUGGCGUCACGAGAGAGUUAGACGUUCUCAGGCGGCUAGAUCAUCCGCGAGUCGUGAGGUUGAAGGGGUUUUACGAGGACAACGAAAGCUACUUCUUAGUGAUGGAGUUUGUAUCUGGUGGAGACCUGAUGGAUUUCGUCGCGGCUCAUGGUGCUGUGGGUGAAGAUGCCGGCCGCGAAAUCACAAGGCAGAUCUUAGAGGGUGUGAAAUACAUUCAUUCCGUUGGCAUCAGUCAUCGAGAUCUCAAACCGGACAAUAUUUUGAUAGAACAGGACGAUCCCGUUCUGGUGAAGAUCACGGAUUUUGGUCUUGCUAAGAUCCAAGGCAAUGGCACUUUCAUGAAAACUUUCUGUGGAACGCUCGCUUAUGUAGCCCCAGAAGUGAUAGCUGGGAAGAACUCUGAGGAGAAUCAGGGGAACAAGUACUCAUCGCUCGUCGAUAUGUGGUCCAUAGGGUGUCUUGUGUACGUCAUUCUUACGGGACAUCUUCCCUUCAGUGGUAGUACCCAAAACGAGCUCUACAGACAGAUAGGCAGAGGAUCUUAUCACGAGGGUCCUCUAAAAGACUAUAGGAUAUCUGACGACGCUCGAAAUCUGAUAGAGGACUUACUACAAGUCAACCCUGAGAACAGAUUGACUGCUGCGCAGGCUUUGAAACAUCCUUGGAUUAAGGCUUUGGACCGACAUCAGCUGCCAGAGUCACAAGUAUCGCUAUCGCUGUCGAUGUCACAGCAACCAAAAAGCAUCGAGCUUCCCGCCGAGAAGAACGCAAACAACAGAAUCUCUCAAGUACCGUUCAAAGUUCCAGCACAAUUGCCAGUCAGAUUCACGCAGCCAUACGCAACGGGCAACACUUCGGACCAAGAGGGCGGCCACCAGGUCAGAACCGCCAAUUACAAUCCAUUCGACUCCUCACAGGCAAGUUCGCAGUCGAUGGCCGAAAUACCGCCUCCGAAAGCGUCGCAACGACCUUACUUGGCGGCGGAAACUGGGGCAGGUGAGGGCACUUUUCUAAAGUUGGUUCCAAGCAACGACAACAGCCUGAAAGGCGCUAUCGAGGUGAUGCAAGGCACUAACCCUUUUUUCAUCGGUCGCUCCGAUGAGUGCAGCUACAAAAUACAGGACAAUCGUCUAUCCCGCAUCCAUUGCUUCAUCCUAAAAAAGAGACACGCGGUUGGCGACAGCAUCUAUGAAUCACCAGCACAGGGUCUUGACGACCUGUGGUAUUGCCACACGGGCACGAACGCAGGCUUUGUGAACGAUGUACGCGUUACUCAGGGCACCAAAGUGCUUUUGUACGCGGGCGACGAGGUCAAAGUCGUAUGGGACAAGACUAAACAUUUUACAAUCGCGUUCACGGUCGAGAUCGUCGACCCAACCGGUCUGUUCAACAACGGACAGCCAUUUCCGGGCCACGACCGAAGAGUAGAACACCAAGCGCCCGACGAGAAGCUGCUGGAUAAGAAGUUGCUCGAGAUUUCUGCUCGUGGUAAAGCAUCUGCUUCGACCUCGGUCUCUUCGGUUUCCAAGAGGCCUCUAUCGAUGAAUUUAAGCCAAGACCCAAACAAGAAGGUAAAGCGAGCAAAGUUGGACAAAGCAGAGAGCCCCGACAAGAGCCUUCUCGUCCUCUAG